AUGAAAAUUGCUAUUGAAGGCUGCUGCCAUGGUGAACUUGACAAGAUUUAUGAAACCUUGGAGCACUUGGAAAGAAAAGAAAGCAUCAAAGUUGACUUGCUUCUUUGCUGCGGAGACUUUCAGGCCGUUCGGAAUGAGAACGACCUCUGCUGCAUGGCUGUUCCACUGAAGUAUCGGCACAUGGAGACGUUCUACAAGUAUUACUCCGGUGAAAAGAAAGCUCCUUUACUUACGAUCUUUAUUGGAGGAAAUCAUGAGGCCUCAAAUCACCUAUGGGAACUUCCCUACGGGGGAUGGGUAGCCCCCAAUAUUUACUAUCUGGGGUACGCUGGAGUUGUGAAUUUUGGUGGCAUCCGAAUUGCAGGUCUUUCCGGUAUAUAUAAGGGCCACGAUUAUAACAAGGGACAUUUUGAGAGGCCACCGUAUAAUAAUUCUACAGUCCGCAGUGCUUAUCAUGUCAGAAGUUUGGAUGUUUUCAAAUUGAAAAUUCUUUCUCAGCCCAUUGAUAUCUUUAUGUCACAUGACUGGCCACUAGGCGUAUAUCACCAUGGAAACGUACAGGAACUAUACAGGUAUAAAGAAUAUCUAAGGUCAGAAAUUGAGUCAAAUACACUGGGAAGUCCGCCAGCUGGAGAACUUCUCACACUGUUAAGGCCUACGUACUGGUUUGCUGCCCACAUGCACACCAAAUUUCCAGCAUUGGUACCUCAUGAUUCUAAAGAUGGUCGUAAAUUCACAAAGUUCCUUGCAUUAGAUAAGUGCCUCCCAAGACGUGAGUUUUUACAAGUGAUCGAUUUGGGUCCAACAAAAGCUCCUUUACAACUGUGUUAUGAUCCUGAGUGGCUUGCGAUUUCAAAGCUUACAGACCCUCUCAGCAACAUGACUUCACACUUCACUGUCCUUCCAAAUCCUGAACAGCUGUCAAGGUUUACACCUGAUGAAAAAGUAGUUGAAGAAGUCGGAAAAGUGUUUGGCAAUCCACCUAACAUUCCUGAGAAUUUCAAGAUUACUACAGCACCUUUUAAUCCAAGCCACUCAAAGAAAAUUAACAUGGAGCAAGUUCUACCUGUGAUUAAUCCUCAAACUGAAACCUAUUGUUCUAUGCUUGGAAUCAAGAAUCCUUGUUACUCUGAGAAGAAGGCUGCUGAAACAUACAAAAAUCCUGAAGAAAUUGAUCUUAGUGAUGAUGAUAAUAUUUGUGCACCUAGUGCUGCGUCAUCCAGAAAUCCCGAUGAAAUUGGAAUUGACAGUGAUGACGAUGUUGAGGAUGAUGAUAACAAGGAUGUUAGUGAAAGUAACGUAGGCAUCAAUGACACAACUCAAUCAGGUCAAAUCAAAAGAUCUCAUCUUGAACUUCCAAAGCCUUCAAAUUCUUGUAUACUGGGUACUGAGAUUGCAUUAUUUGCAAGUGAUAGUUCUCACUGUGAUGAUAAGGGAUCUGACAGUGUGAUGACAGAGGAAUUUCCCGAAGAUUGUCAAAAGUUAGAGCCUCAGAGGAAGGUCUUGAAGCUCAAGAGGAGAAAUCAAUCACUUUACACAUCAAAUGACAAUGGAGAAGAUAGUGAUGACUGAAACAAACAACUUUAGUUUUAUUUUUUUAAAAGGAAUGAACUGACUACCGGCGAAUACUCCAUUAUUGUAUUUAGAAUUACCUCUUAAUAACAAACACCAAAUUAUGAUGCAUUGAUACAAGGUUACUCUUGACCUGUAGUAAAGUAUUCACAAUUAGUGGCCGGAAGGUUCGAGAAAUUUGAGAAUAAACAAUAGAAAAAGUUGUAAACAGGUCUUUGUCUCAUUGGAAUUUGUGGAUAAACAUGUAUGAAUUCACUUCCAGUGGAGCCUAACAUGGUAAAAAGGCAUCUUCAGUACUUUUAAUCUGUUAGUCAUUGGAAACUUCCAGUAAACUGGAUUAUUAAAAUAUGUCUAUGAAAUAACCAGGGAAUAUACUGCAGUAAUACAGUAGUAUAUCAUUCAGUGCUUUCACUUCGUAGUAGAUUGCAAGUGUAUAGGUAAUAUUCAAGGUCUUUCUUUACCCCUGUACAUACCUUUCACCAAAACAACACUGCAUUUUGUACUUUCUGUCUUUUGUUUCUUACUACUCAAGUGCUUAAGUUUAACUUUGGCUAGUAGUUAGCACAGUUAACAUUUUAGUAGGGUCCAAACUGAAGUGUAGCCUGAUUCUGAUUUCUCAGACAUCUGAGGUCUUGUGCAGUCCCUUUGCUUCCCUCCCUCUAAGGGACCUCGAACGACCUGGGAUGUCUGAGAAUCAGCCUAAGUUAACUCAAGUGGAGAUCAAAAAGGUAUUGUUUUUUCCCAAACGGCAUUUAUAUGUGUUGGAUAGUCAACACUAAAACUUGUUUUCAUUGUAUAUAAUUAUUCUAUUUUACCAUUAAAUUUCUCUUUUAGUUUAUGAGUAAUAUUAAUGUGAUCCAGGUUUAUGCUUUUUGUCAGUCAUGUAUACAUCCAUGACGGUUUCUGACGCUGACUUCCUCUUUUGGGUUUGAUAAACUCCAGCUUCAGAAAUAGUACUGAGAUCUUGCUUUUACUGGUGAUUAUACACAUAGUGACAUUCAAUUACACACAUUGAUAUUUACGCAGUUGCCAGUAUUGAUUCUUCUAUUUGCAAUCUUAGAAGCAAAAGCAUGUAGGAAUGAACAGAACAAUGUCAGAAAGGUGACCACACUGCCUGGGGGGUGAGGGGGAGGGGAGGGAUGGUUGAUGUUCCACACUGUUAUUUCUUCACUGCCAUCCCAAACUCAUUCAUGUGAGGACUCGUUGUAAAUAAAAACAAUAUAUAUACAUCUGGUAAUAUUACAUGACAUUGUGAUUUAUAGGGUUCAUAUAGAAUAUGCAAAACACGGACAAUAGCAGUACCAGUUGUAUUAAUUUUUAACAAAAUUAAUGCUGACAUGGUGAAUUGGGGAUACCUGUGACAUCUUGCCUAUUUUUUAAAAGCCCACUACACAAUAUGGAACUAUGGCAUAGCCACCAAGGAAAUAGGCUGUGUUUUAAUAAACGUUUCUGAUUAUGCUAGCCUGCAUAGCAGGCGCUUGGAAGUAGUGGGCGCAAGAAAGAACGGGCACGCAAGGGUAGAGGGAGCCUUUCUCCCUCUUGUGCGCGUGUUCUUUCUUGCGGCCUUUACUUCCAAGAGCAGGCUAUGAUUACGCAAGAGAUUCUCUAGAGACAAAGAAAUUGUGUUGUUAUCAUAAGUUUGGACAGCCCAUGAAAAUAGCCGACAUUUUACAACCCCACCACUGGGUUUGAAAAAAUUCCCCGCAAAAUGACAUCUUAGGAAUGAGUGCAGAAAUUUCAUACUGAUGACAAGUCACUACCCAGAUCUGGGUAGUGCUUUUGAUUGGUUGUGCUGCCAGAAAAAUUUGCUACAACCAAUCAGAAGCACUACCCAUAUGUCAUCAGUAUGGAAUUUUGGCAGUUGUUUCUUAGGGGUUAUUUUGCAGGGAAACCAGUGCUGGUGUCACAAAAUGUGAGUGAAAAUUGAGCCAUGACCUUAAUGACGUUUGUGAAGGAGACUUGAGUUUGGAUGGCCCUAGAGAAAUGCAGAAAUAGAUUCUUUACCCACAAUUUCCUUCCACCCAAGCCCUUGUUCCUUUGAAAAGUACAGGUCACGUGCGAGCGAAACGCGAACGCUUUGUGAGCCCGCGAACUAAUGCUCAAGCUGACAGAAGUAAAGCAUGCGCAUUGGAGCUAAAACCACGCGCGGAAAAGAAAAUGGCGGACGUGCUCGAUGUAGAUGUGGAAGACAAAGGAGGUUUUUCAGAAGACGAAGGCGAUGGUAAGAGCUAAAACACUGUUUUAAACUGAGGAUUGUUCGCCAUACAAGAGUUAUGCCAUUGAUUAUUUUGCAGAUAGUAUUCAGAGAUUGAAGUCUGCUGUCACAAAGCGAAAAGGAAGAGGAUUCAAAGCCGGUAUUAACACUUUAGAUGAAUGUUACUUUACGUUGCUCUUCCACCACAAAUGUUAUCACUUAUUUGAUAUGUUGCGUGAAUUUCAAAAUAGCACUGUUGCCUGGUCUUGAGACAUGUUGCCGCUUUGCCAACAUCUAGUAAAGCUCAAAAACACAACCACUUUGUACUCAGGCAUGUAAAAACAACAAUUGUGGCGUGGGCUUUUGUCAUCAUUGCGUAUAAUUCGUGGUAGAAGUAAUCCACAAGUCAGUUAAUUGUGGUAUUGAUGGAAACAGUAUCCUUUAUGCGCUCUCUAGCACAACGUUUUCAAAAUUUGUACUAUGUCAGUAACAGGAAACUUUGUUUACACCAAAGCUGUGAACUAAUUUGAAAUCUGCAGAUUGAGGAAGAUUUUUUGAACCUGUAAAUUGCAGAAAUACACUGUAUACUGACAAGCUUUUAAACCCUUGGGAAAAGGAAAUUGGUUAAGAAAAUCAGAACUUUUGAGAAACUGGGGUAAGAAUACAGAGUUUGACUUUUGAAAAGAAAGUCAACUUAGCCUCUAAUUAUUGAGGGGUUUGAGAAGGCUGGUUAUUGGAACGAUGUUUAACUUAGACUGUGGUUUAGGAAAUUUUUGGACCUCCAGAUAUCUUCUUUAAAGGGUUAUUUUAAAAAGAAAAAGGCUUCUCUAGUCUACACCAUAUGCUUUCAUGAAACUGUUCAUGAUUAAAUGAUGUUUACAUAAAAGUAUUUGUUAGUGACAUUUCGAGUUGCGUUACAUUAUGUACGUCCUGACAAUUAUCAUGUGUUUUGGUCUUGUGACGUUGUUGUUGAACUCGGACUCUUGGAUGGAACUUUGACUCGAGACUUGUCAAGAUAUAUAUGCGAGAUUUGUCGAGAUAGGUUUGUUUUGUUUUGUUAAGAGCUUACAGUCUUGGAAUAGAAAGAACAUUUUGGUCCUUCGGAAACCGGAUAUUCGCAUUGGUGUAAUAAUUGGACUAAUCGGAACCAGUAUUGUGGAAUUUACAAGGGACUCGUUCAAACUUGGAAACAUUUGGUGGGAAGCUCAUCGAGAACUGAAGCUGGAGGAAUUAUGGAUGGAAAAAUAGACGAGUUAAAGAAAGAAAAAAGAACCCUCAACACAAGUAUUACAAAGCUUCUGAACGAAUUAGCUGCGGAAUUAUCGACAAAAACGCCAAACAAGGAAAAUGUCAUGGGAAAACUGCAGGACAUCAACAAGCAACAGGAUGAAUUGUUGGAGCUGUUUGACUUGCUUCAAACCUUGUACAGAGAAAAUAAGCAUGCAUCGCUGACAGCUUCAACAGGUGAUGAAGGGGAUGAAAUGAUAGAUCCUGUGGUUAACGAGACAAAGGAAGCUCGGCUUUUCUUAUCGCAAAGUAACAGCAAGGAAAGCGAAGGAAAUAACACAAGCCAGAUCGGCACAUUUGAGAGCGCACAUUGCAAAGAUGGUCACGUGGUCGACGCAAUCAAACAGCUCGACAUAUUCGGGUCCCAAAGUUUUUGGGCGACAAGAAAGAAUAUCAGUCGUGGUGGGCAGCAUUUUCCAGUUGUGUGGAUGAAACAAAUUUGUCGGCUCAGUUUAAAAUGUUGCGGCUCGAAAGUUGUUUAGUAGGAGAGGCGGCCGAAACGGUGAAAGGGCUUGGUUACUCUGAUCAUGCCUACGAAGCAGCUAAGGCAAGGUUGAAUCGAAAGUAUGGGGGAAACAGGCGACAGGUUCAAGCCCAUAUCGAUGGGCUACGUAAGAUGAGGCCGAUAAACGGUGAUAAUCCGAGAGAGCUAGAAAGAUUUGCCGACAUGGUGAAGAGGACUGUGGUUUCUUUAAAGGAAAAUAAGAAGUUUGCUGACCUGGAAGGAGGAACAUUGUACGCAACUGCUGCUGGAAAAACUUCCUCAAGCUCUGCUUAGCCAGUACUAUCGAUGGAUUAAAGAAAAGGGAAGCUUGGAGUCUCUUGAAGAGCUGUGUCACUGGGUUGCUGAGGAAGCUGAGUACCAGGUACAAGCAUCAGAAAUUAAGCAUGGUUUGUCCAGUAUUGGAAGUGUACGAGGAAAGAGCUCAACUAAGUCUUAUUUCGGGACCACAGAAGAGAAACGUGAUCUUCCCUGUAAAGUGUGCAACCAAAAACACCCAAUUCCGAAAUGUGAUAUGUUCAAGGGAAUGGAACAUAGAAAGAAGUGGGAGAUGGCGAAGAAGCUUGGACUGUGUUAACGUUGCUUGGGGAAAGGGCACCUUGGUGACUCAUGUACUUGGAACAGAGAGUGUGGAAUUGGCGGAUGCCAGGACAGACACCAUCGGUUACUUCAUGAGGAGAAAGUAGCUUCUGGGUCCAUGGAGGGGAAGGCUGACACACCCGUGACAGAGGAAAACAAGUCUAGUACGUAUGAAACAGUGCAAGAACACGCACAGAGGAGUAUUGCCUUGCGUACUGUUCCUGUCAUUCUGAAACUUGGGGAGAGAUGCUUGCAAGUUUAUUUUUUCUUGGACGAAGGCAGUGAUUUGUCAUAUGUUAAUGAGGAUGUGGUAGAGGAACUGGGGUUGUAUGGUAGGAAGGAAAAAGUAAUUAUCAAUGUUGCAAAUGGACAGAAGGUCAAUUUAAUGUCAGCAACCAUGGAGAUUGGCUUGGAGAGUCUGGAUGGUCGGGUGGACACAAUCAUUGUAGUGAAAACAUCUAAUAACAUCUGUGGUGGGAUGAAACCCAGCAACUGGCUGCAAAUCAAAGACCAGUGGAAACAUUUGAGAGACAUUCCUUUUCCUAAGCUUGAAAAAAGGAGCAAAAUUGACGUUCUUAUUGGUUCAGAUUACUACAACCUGUUGUUUCCUUUGGAAGAGGUUUGUGGAGCUGACAAUGAACCCAGUGCCAGACUGUGUGCAUUAGGAUGGACAGCAAUUGGUACCAUUGGUACAUCUGAGGGACUUGGAACAAGUAACACAGGUUACCUGAACACCUAUCGCAUAAGGCAGUCAGAGUGUAGUGAUGGAGAUCUGAAUUAUCUGCUGAAACAAUUUAGUAGCCUUGAGGCUAUUGGGAUCACACCGCAGGUGGAGCAACCACUUUCCCCCGAAGAGAAACUAGCCUUUGAUAAAGUGAACGAAUCAAUCAGGUUUGAUGGUGAAAGAUAUGAAGUUGCGGUGCCUUGGAAACAUGAAAGACCAGAAUUACAGCCAAACCGACAGAUGGCAGAGAAACGCCUUCACACAGUUGAGAAGAAGUUAAUGCAAGAUGAGAAGCUGGCACAGGCUUACCAAUCAGUGGUUGAUGACUACUUAAGUAAAGGAUAUAUCCGAGAAGUCCCAGAGGAUGAGCCAAAACCACCGUCAGAAUGGUUCCUUCCACAUUUCCCUGUGGUAAGGCCAGAGAAGGCCACAACCAAAGUUCGGGUUGUUUUCGAUGGCUCAGCUCAGCAAAAUGGAAAGAGUUUGAACAGUGAAUCACUACCAGGUCCUAAGUUGCAAAGUGACAUUGUGGACGUUUUAGUUAAGUUUAGAAAAGAGCCAGUUGCAUUGGCUGGUGAUGUGAGCCAAAUGUAUCACCAGAUACUUCUUAGACCAGAGGACAGGGCUCUGCACAGAUUCUUAUACAGGAACUUGGACAGUGGGGAUACACCAAAGGUUUAUGAGUUUAAGAGGUUUAUUUUUGGAGGGUGUUAUUGCCCUUUUUGUGUCCAGUUUGCUUGGCAACAUCAUGCCAGACUUCACAAGGAGACUUACCCAUUGGGAGCUAAUGCAGUUCUAGAACACUGUUACAUGGAUGAUCUGAUGCCAUCCGCACCUACGGUGGAUGAUGCGAAGGAUACAAGAAAGCAGCUAACCGAAUUAGGAGACUUGGCUGGUUUUCACAUCCGCAAAUGGAUCUCUAAUGAACCGGAUGUAAUUGCUGACAUUGUGGAAGAAGAUCUUGCUUCCGAGAUAGACUUGGAGAAGAGAGAAUUGCCAACAACCAAGACCCUGGGUGUCCUGUGGGCCGCCACAGACGACAAAUUUUCCUUUAGACACUCAUUACAGUUGGAUGGAUUUGAAUUCACCAAGAGGAAUGUUUUGAGGCGAACAGCAUCAGUUUACGACCCAUUAGGCUUCUUAUCACCUUAUGUAAUCAGGUCCAAGUUGUUGAUACAAAAGGCUUGGCUGGAGGCACGGGAUUGGGAUGAACUGUUGCCAACACAUCAUCAGCGAGAGUGGACAAAGUGGUUUCGAGAAUUGAAAGACCUUGAAUUUGUAAAAAUCCCAAGGUGUUUGAAAAACCCAAGUCCUAAGGUGGAAGAACUGAGCAUUCAUACAUUCAGUGACGCCUCAGAGAACGCAUACACAGCUGUAGUUUACGCACGUCAUGUGUAUGAGGGUGGCAACAUUACCGCUCGAAUGAUUAUUUCGAAGUCUAGGCUUGCACCAUUGAAAGCAGUGAGCAUCCCCAGAUUAGAGCUUUUGGGUGCUCUAGUCUGAUUACGAUUAACAAGACAAGUUUGCUCUGCACUCAAGAUACCUACAAAUGGAGUGACAUACUGGGUGGACAGUAUGAAUGUGGGGUACUGGAUCCAAGGUCAAAGUAGACAGUAUAAGCCGUUCAUAGCCCAUCGUGUUGGAGAAAUUCAUGAGUUCUCUGCUCCUAGUCAGUGGCGCUAUGUUCCUACGGAUGUGAACCCCGCCGACCUUGGAACAAGAGGCCUGACAGUGGAAGAGUUAGCAAGCACAGAUUUAUGGUGGAAUGGGCCCGAAUUUCUGAAAAAGUCAAGACAGUCUUGGAAUAGAAACAACAGUGUUUGGCAAACUGAAAACAGGUUUAGAAUACAGUUUUAUUAAGGACAAGCUAAACUCCAUUGAAAUAACUGGUCCUUAGGGUUUAAAAAAUUAGGAUUUUACUGCUGUUCUAAAGAUGCUUAGAAACCAGAGCAGCUUGCAUUGUAAACUACCUGACAAUAUUGUUUGAAUAUUUCAGCUGAUUCUUUGUCCCAUUCUAAAGAACAAUAUGAAUCAAUGGAAACAGAUGAUAGUAGUGGAACAGGCCCAGCUAGAUGUAAGUUUUUAAAUUUGCCACAAGAAACUCUGCUUAUUCUUGAUGCUAGAGAAUAUAUAACACACAGGGCUGUUAUUUAGGCCCAGAGAACUGGGAUUUUUCUCGUGCCAGUAGAAAUGGGAGCCCUAGCCAUUUUUCUAGUAACACAAUGUCUUAUUUUAAUAAUACAAGAUGUCAAAUCCCUGGCUACUUUCCCCAGGGGGAGAAAAACAAAGUUGUGAAAGCUAUGACUGUUAUUUGUGUAACUUUAAAAACCUGUUAAAGCAUUAUAGAAAAUCAAUCUGAGAAAAUUGUAAAGCUAAAAAUGUUGCUGCUGUACGUGAGCAAUGUAGCCUGAGAAAACAGCUGACAUUUUGUGACAACAUCGAUCACUGGUUUCCUCGCGAGGUGAUGUCUGACAAUAGAGUGCAGAAAUACCAUACUGAUGACACGACAUUGCCAAGAUCUGGGUCCCAUUUCUCAGACAUAAUUUCACAAGGAAACCAGUGGUCGUGUCGUGAAAUGUCUGCUAGGUGAUACAGCUAUACUCUUAGUUGCUUAAAUAAAUAUAAAGCACUGGACACUUUUUCAAUCUCAUUACAGCUGUUGAAGGGUGGAUCUUGUUUAUCACGAAUGUACACGAAGAAGCCCAAGAAGAUGAUAUACAUGACUCGUUUUCUGAGUAUGGAGAAAUAAAAAACCUCCAUGCUAAUCUGGACAGAAGAACUGGUUUCUUAAAGGUAAGUCUUUCCCAAAUAAGAAGUGCAUGAGUUGCUGAUUUCCAGGUUUCUGUGCAGCCUCUGAUAUUUUAAAUAUCAUUAUAACUAUUUCCAGUGGUUACAAACAUGGCAGCAAUCAUGCUUGUGAGCUUUCCUGCAACUGGUCCCAGCUCCUGAUGUGUUUUGCUGGUCAAAAGGAUUGCCGCUCUUGGAUCAGAAUGAGUCACCUCUGACUAUGACUGUGAUAUCUGGCUCUGUCCCUUGGGUGACUCUAUUGUUGUUUAAAAUGUCACUGCAUUUGUUGUGUCAAUGGUUUUUUGAGUUUCAUGGUAACCAUAUAAAGGAGCAUUGGAUGGCGCAGUGGUGAGAG